AUGUCUAACACAACUAAUAUCUUGGAAAUGUUAAGUUCUGAUCAAAAUAUUGGUUUAAAGGAGAUAAAAAAUCGUUGUCGAAGCAGUUCUGUAAGUUCAAAUGAAAUAACUACUCCAUCAAUUAAAUCAUCAUCAUCAUUAGAACAUAAUCAAUCCAAUUCAUUGUCAGUGUAUGAAAAAUUAACUAUAUGGAAACAAUCUAUUGAAAAGCAUUUAAAUCAAAUUUAUUUAGAUAAACUUAGUGAAAUAGAUAAUUUAUUAGUUCAGGGACAAAAUCAUAUUGAUAUCAUAUUUAAAAAAAUACCAUCAUUUGAACAAUUAGUUACAGUGACAAGUCAACAACAAACUAUUGAUCAUACGUAUAAUGAUAUUGAAUUUGAUUAUGCUAAUUCUCAAUUAUUUGAUUUAACAAGUAAUAACACAUUACUUUGUACAUCAAAUUAUUACACCUUAAUUUAUGAUGAUAUUACAUCAAAUUUAAAUUUAUAUAAUAACCAAUCAAAAUUAACUUCAUAUCUAUGGGAUAUAGAUGAAUAUGGUAAACCAUAUGAUUUAACAUAUUCAUAUUAUUUAAAUAUUUAUUGUAUAAUAACACAUCAUGGUUUAUUUACAUGGUCACAUGAAAAUCCAUCAGUACCUUUACAUAUUGAUUCAAUAAAACGUAUAAGAGGAAAUCGGUUAUGGACAAUAGCAUCAACCAAUACACGAUCUGAUGUAUUUAUAUUAUUUAAAUCUGGUAAUUUUAUUGAAAGAUGGAAUUCUAAGAUUGAUACAAAAUCUUGGCAACAUAUAAAACGUUGGUCAAAUCAUGAAUUAUUUGAACAUGCUCAUCAACAUAUAAGAACUAUACGAAUGACAUCAAAUUAUGUUGCAUGGACUGUUGAAUCAACAAAAAUAUUUGAAUGGCGGAUAGAUUUACUUGAUUAUGAUUUACAAAUUAUUCGGCAGGGUAUUAAAAUAGAUCAUUUAGAUAAAUAUUCAUCAUGUUUAUUAUCUAAUUUUGGUUCGGAACAAUAUCUUAUUAUUGAUAGUAAUGGUCAUUUAUUAUUUCUACUUGAUUCAAAUGGUAAUAUUAAAUUAAAAGAUGAUCAUAUUAUAAAUAAACGUAUUAAAAAUGCUGUUUUUAUGAAUAAUAAUACUAAUAAUAAUCACCAAUGGCUUGUUGUUCGAUUAGAACAACCAAAUCAAUUAUGUUUUAUUCCAUUAUUAAACAAAAUAGAAAAUAAAAACAUCUAG